AUGCAGAUGAAGUUAGCUAAAUGGUGCCAUUUUUCCCAAUCAUUUCAGAGGGUUUGUCUGGAAAGGCCGAGGCAAAAGCGCAGGUCAAAAGAAUGGGAAGGAAGCUUCAAAGCAAGUUUGAAAGUAGUUGGAGGUCGUAUGACAGAUAAAGGUCAACUUGGUGCAUUCAUCACAAAAGUAAAAAAAGGCAGCAUAGCAGAUACAGUUGGCCACCUUCGAGCAGGUGAUGAAGUAGUUGAAUGGAAUGGUCGCUCAUUGCGAGAGGCAACAUUUGAAGAAGUGUAUGACAUAAUAUUUGAAACCAAACAUGAACCUCAAGUAGAAUUAAUUGUACAUAGAAAUGCUAAAACUGGUGAGAUUCCUCCUGGAUUACAACCAGUGGAUCAUCCAUCUAGAGAUUUUGGCUCUAAAGAUGCUCUCAUGACUCGUCCAAGUGUCAUGGUUACUUCCCCUGGAUCACCCAGUGCCUCAGGAAAGCGGACUCAUUCACCGCAAAUCACCGGAAGAAUCCAGGUUCGAAUGUGGUAUGAUGACACUCGUUGUGAACUUUCAAUCUGUAUUAUCACUGCUAUGGAUUUACUUCUUACAGCUGAUGGCAAAUUACGCAACCCAUACUGUAAGCUCUAUUUGCUCCCAGAUAGAAGUGAGAAGACAAAAAGACGCACAAAAACAAUUGCCAACACAAAUGACCCCACAUGGAAUCAAACAUUUGUCUAUGUUGCUGGGAAAGAGUCACAUUUCAGACAAAGACUGCUGGAAAUCACAGUGUGGGAUUAUGACAGGAUGGGUGCAAGUGAAUUUUUGGGUGAAGUGAUAAUUGACUUAUCUAGAGCCAACUUUAAGGACGAUCCUCUUUGGUACACAUUAAGACAACAUGAUGAGUCCAGCAUUUCACUGCCCGCAUCUUCAUCACGCACAAAAAGUAGUCAGGAUCCUGAUGAUAUUCAAAAAGUUCAUCUAUCUCCACCAGCCGGAUCUCGAGGUUUCAGUGAUAGUGACAUGUCAGAAUUUGACUAUGAUGAUAGUUUUCAAACAGGUGCUGCCCUAUUAGGAAGAAUGCGAACUAGUAUCAGCUCUGUGAGUGGUGCCAUCAAUGCUGCCCACCUUGAUGAUUAUUCUGAUCAUGCCGAUGGCAGAUGCAAAUCCCGCAGAGAUCGUGGGGUGGGAUCUCCAAUCACCAGACGCCGCAGUGGCACAGUUAUAGCUAGAGAUGAGCUUGAUGAUCACCGAAAACAUUCGGGUGGUGAGUCACUCGUAGUCCCAGAGAAGGGAUCAAGACAAAGGUCAAGGUCACCUGUUGAAGAUAUUAACCAUGGAUCAUCAAGGACAACUCGAUCUCCUGCCCGACACCAAGUGCCUGAGACGUUGUCAAGACAAAAUCGAGCUAUGUCCCCAAUUCGAGUGCUGCCUACUACAUCACGGUCUGCUGGAGGGACUCCCUCAAGUACACCUUCACCAAAAAAACGACAGCUUCCAUCUAUUCCAAUCGAAGCACAAAUUGCUAGUAGAGAUCGUGUUACUCAAGAUCUUGAAGAACGUGCAAGACAGAUGAAACUAAAAAUGAAAAUGAAUGCUCAAUACAGACAUGGGCGUGGUCCAAGUAGUCAUGGUGCCCCAUCAUCAGACAGUGAAAUUGCACAUCAUCAUCAUCGUGGACGAUUGCGUGAUGCAGAUUUUAGAGAUCGACAUGAUCGAUAUGAUAUGCAUGGUCACCAUAGUCAUGGGCGUGAUUUAGAACGUGGACACAGAUCUAGGCGAAGAAAAGAAUUCAGCCCUGAUGUUUCAGAUGACAACUUGCCAAGUGAUGCAUCAGAAACAAGUGACAUGUCUGAAGUAUCUAAAGUUAGCACAAUCAGCAUGCGUUCUACACAGUCAGAAAGACCCCACAGAAAAUUUAGUGAAUUUACAUCAAAGAUGGAGAGUCGCACUACAAUGCCAAAGAGACAGAUUAUUCGAAGUCCAAGCUCCGAAAGUUCAAGCUUUGAACGGAAUGACGGAAGCAUUUCGGAUUCUGCUGUUUCUUCCAGUGUUAUAGAAGGUAGGAAACGACGGCCAAGCCUCGGUCACAAGGUGGCAGCAUUUGUUGGGCUUUCACGACGAAGUAGUAGUGCUAUGCAUCUAGCAGAAACAAAUAAAAAAAAGAGUUCUGUUCAGCGCAGUGAAGAAGUUGGAGGCGGUUUGGAAAUGAGAAAUAGAUUGAUAAAACAAGGCAGCCGUGAAUCUACAGAUGGCAGCAUGGGUAGCAUCAGCAGUAUAGAAUCAACAGUAAUGUGGCUACCUCCGAGUCACUACGGCGAUUUUGUUGAAGGUCUUGGGCCUUCACAACUGGUGGGAAGACAGGUGCUUGGAGCUCCAUGUCUUGGAGAAAUACAACUUGGACUCUAUGACCGAAAAGGUCACUUAGAAGUUGAAGUGAUUAGAGCACGUGGUCUUAUGGCCAAACCUGGUGCCAAAGUCUUACCUGCUCCAUAUGUGAAAGUCUAUUUAAUUCAGGCAAAACACACAAUUGAGAAGCAGAAGACCACUAUUGCAAGGAGGACACUUGAUCCUCUCUACCAACAGCAAUUAGUUUUCAAUGAACCCUACCAAGGAAGAGUAUUGCAGGUAACUGUGUGGGGAGACUACAGUCGAACAGACAGAAAAGUGUUCAUGGGAGUUGCACAAAUUGUAUUGGAUGAACUAGACUUAUCAAACAUUGUGAUUGGUUGGUACAAAUUAUUCCCAACAUCAUCAUUAGUUGGACAUCAUUCUGGACCAUCUUCUGCAUCAUCGCCUCAUACACGGAAAAGUUCAGCAUCUUCAUUAGAAGCUCUUAGUACUGCCACAUCUUGGAAUCAGUAA